GCGCAAUUAAAAAAGCACAGUACAGUCUGGUUUGGUUGUUGGAAAGAUAUUAAAAUGAUUUGCUAUGUAGGUAUAAUAAAUUAUUUUAGUUUAUUUUUAUUGAAGAAACUAGUCCCAAAAGCUAGGAUGGUAUAAUAACUUUAACGUUAUUAUACAGUUGGAGAUGGAUACGGAUGACAUGUCAAGCCCGACAGGAAAAUACAUGCACAUGUCGUCCUUGUAACCCGUUGCACUCAAACAUAUUCUCUAUGAGACAUGGCGAUCUGGUUUUCUAGAUCAAGAAACAUUGUUUUUAGCUUGAGACAUAAUCUGAAUUUGUCGGGGAUUCUCAUCAAACGUGAUUACUCUCCUCGUCCCGCUUUUACAAACUCUCAGUUAUCUUCGAAAUCAGUGUGUUUGGAUUCCUUCACGAGCCUACGUCACGAGUCUACGGCAGUGGAGAAACAACUUGAUUUGGUUCAGCAAAGUGAUGAGGAAGACCCUCAGGAAUUAAAUUUUCCGGGAGGCAAAGUCGGUUACACAUCUGAGAUGAAAUUCAUCCCUGAAUCAUCAUCUCUAAGAGUUCCUUGUUAUCGAGUUCUUGACGAAGACGGAAGAAUCAUCUCCAACAGCGAUUAUAUUCCGGUGAGCGAGAAACUCGCGGUUAGAAUGUAUGAACACAUGGCGACGCUUCAAGUGAUGGACCACAUCUUCUACGAAGCUCAACGUCAAGGAAGAAUCUCCUUCUUCAUCACUGCCGUAGGAGAAGAAGCCAUUAACAUCGCUUCUGCCGCUGCUCUCAGUCCAGAUGACGUCGUUUUACCUCAGUACCGAGAGCCUGGAGUGCUUCUAUGGCGCGGCUUCACGCUGCAAGAGUUUGCGAACCAGUGCUUUGGUAACAAAGCUGAUCGUGGCAAAGGCAGACAAAUGCCUGUACAUUACGGCUCUAACCGACACAACCACUUCACUGUCUCCUCUCCCAUCGCAACACAGCUUCCUCAAGCUGCUGGAGUUGGUUACUCUCUGAAGAUGGAGAAGAAGAACGCUUGUGCAGUAACAUUCAUCGGAGAUGGCGGCACAAGCGAGGGAGAUUUUCAUGCCGGAUUGAAUUUUGCGGCGGUGUUGGAAGCUCCGGUGGUGUUUAUAUGUCGGAACAACGGUUGGGCUAUCAGCACUCAUAUCUCAGAACAGUUCAGGAGUGACGGAAUCGUUGUGAAAGGUCAAGCUUACGGAAUCAGAAGCAUCCGAGUGGACGGUAACGACGCGCUAGCGGUUUACAGUGCGGUACGCUCAGCAAGAGAGAUGGCUGUAAAAGAACAAAGACCAGUGCUCAUCGAGGCAAUGACAUAUAGAGUAGGGCAUCAUUCAACAUCAGAUGAUUCAACUAAGUACAGGGCGGCCGAUGAGAUCCAAUACUGGAAAAUGUCUAGAAACCCUGUGAAUAGAUUCAGGAAAUGGGUCGAGGAUAAUGGAUGGUGGAGCGAGGAAGAUGAAUCCAAGAUAAGAUCUAACGCAAGAAAACAGAUUCUACAAGCGAUUCAGGCGGCGGAGAAGUGGGAUAAACCACCAUUGACAGAGUUAUUUAGCGAUGUAUAUGAUGUUAAGCCGAAGAAUCUAGAGGAACAAGAACUUGGUUUAAAGGAAUUAGUAGAGAAACGACCUCAAGAUUAUCCUCCUGGUUUUCAAAUCUGAAUCUUGAAGUUGAUCGAUGGUACUCAUUUUUAUGCAUGAUGUAAUAUAGACUUCUGAUCGCAGAUUAUAUAUUUAUAUUCUCAUAACCAGCA